AUGCGCUUCACCGGGGACGUCCCGGAGUUCAUGCCGCUCGCCACCUGGGAGCGCGAUUGCGCGAUCUUCCACCGCGUUAGCGAGCUCGCGGUCUUUCGGGAUUACAAGCGCUGGCGGAGCUUUCUCGUCUGGCGAGGGGUCGUCCGACGGCACGCGAUGAAUAGCAGCCGCGUUUUUCUUCAGAAAAACCUCUUCCACGUCCACCCGAAGCUCGCGGCGACGCUGCGGCUGGUCCGGCGGCGUUGUCUGGAGUUCGCGUCGGUCCACGAUUUUUACGUCUCCCCCCGUGAGACCCUCACGCUGGAUGCGUAUUGCCGGACGUUGAUGGAGCACCUCGGCGCUCAGCGCGAGCGAUUGGAGGGGAUGGUGAUGGGGCUGCGCGAUCAGGUCGAUCAGGCCUGCAAGGCCGCCAUGUUCGCCGCGCAGAUGGAGCGCGAGCAGGUGAACACGCGCUAUACCGAGGAGGACCGGCGAAAGCGAAAGCUUCUCGACAUCCGCGAGCUUGGGAUUCAGCAAAAGCCGUCCUACGUCGAGCUUACUCAGCGAAAGGCGACCUGCCGGCGGCUCACCGCCUUCAUUAAACUUUGCGAUUAUCUCAUCAUUUCCUGCCUGACGAGCCUCGCGAUUAAGGCGGUGGUGAACCUCGUCGCGGAUAUUGUGUACCCGCGCUCGGAGUCGACCGGGCCCUCGAGCGGCGUCGCCACCCGACAUGGAUCCACCACCUCAUGCGCGAUCUCGCACGCCUCCACCCACCACGCGCGCGAGCGGCGAUCGGAUUCCAACUCCAACAGCCUCUUUGGCGGGCCUCUUUUCAGCGUCGAGGUCUUCUAUAAUGAAAAGGAGCAAUGUAUAAAUAUUAGCCCCUCACAGGUGCGCUUGACGGAGGCGGUGGAUGAUAUUAUCUCGGAGUACGUGCACACCGCGCGGGGGGUCCCGCGGCUGGAGUUCAUGGACGUGUUUAAAGUCUACACCUCCAAUGUGGACGAGCGGACGAGCUUGGAGGGCCCUGGGGUUGGGCCCGAUGUCGCCGAAAUGAUCUUGGCCGAGGAGGAAUACAAGAAAAGCAUCCAAUUGAUGAAUAGCAGUUUUCUGUAUUGCUUUAACAAGGUUAACCAAUACGUGCGGGGGUUCAACGUGUACCGGGAUAUGUAUGUCAGCAACGCAAAGUUGGAUAUGGACGCGGUGCUCGAGCAGCAGGAGACCAUUCACUUUUUCCGCGAUCAUCUCACGCUUUUUAAGAAUCAGAUGGAGAUGAUUUCGAGCAAAAUCCCAAACAGCAAAGACGUCACCCAUUUUCGCGUUCAUUCCGAUAGCCUUCGGGAGUUUUUCGCGCCGAGCCCGGCGGCCUGCCUCGAGGCCUUUCAUCAAACCAUGCCGAUUAUUAUGCAUCGCUACAACGAGGUCCUAUUAUCAGGAUUGCAAAAGCGGAAUGCCUACUUGAGCGCCUUCCCGAAAACCGUCGAGCACUACGUUGAGUACCUCGAUUAUUAUCACAGCCUGGAGUCCGAUCUUGAUUCGAUUGGCAAUUCCUUCGAUUUUAUUCGCGAGUUGAUUAAUCUAUUGCAGGAGGAGUCCAUUGGGAUUCCCGAGCAGGAUCAGGAGAUCUUCCGCAGCGGAACGCGACCGCAAUUCGACAAACUGCGGACCCUCGUCCAGGUGAUUGAGGACGGCAAGGAAUCCCAACAACGGCUCUUCGCGCGGAAUAUCGACGAGCAGAUGGACCAACUUCGUCGGCAAAUCGAGGAGGUCUACGAUAAGGCCGGGCAGCCGAUUGUGAACUCCGACGAGGAGGAGGUGGAGGUGGUGAUUCGGUAUAUUGAGGAGCUCCAACAAGAGGCCCAGCGGAUCGCGGAGCGGGAGAAGGAGCUCCGGCGCUUUCAAUCCGCGAUUGGGGUGGAGGAGACGACGGUGGAUACAAUGCAGGAUAUGCUCAACGACGUGAAUAUGAAGGCCAGACUGUGGACCGGGAUUGCGGAUUGGGAGGUCUUCACCGAGGAGGUUCUCGUGCAGCCUUUCGCUGAGGUCGACCUCGAGGGUAUCCAGGAUAAGGUCCAGAAGUACACAAUGCUGGUAAAGCAAGUGACGACCAAGCUGAGCAAUAACGCCGCCGUCCCGAAACUUAAAGCCAAAGUCGAAGAAUGGCGCCAGCUUCUUCCGAUUUUGCAGGUCUUUACGAACCCCAAGAUGAAGGCCGAGCACCACUUGAAGGUUUCGAAUAUCGUAGGCCCCGUGGAGGAUAGUGCCACCGGCACCGUCAAGACGCUCUCGGAGUAUAAUCGGCAGUUCACGAUUCAAAUGCUCUUGGAGAACAACGUUCUGGCGUACAAAGCCGACAUCCUCGCCACCAGCGCGACCGCCAUCGAGGAGGACAAACUUCAGCAGCAGAUCGACAAAGUCAACACGAUGUGGAAUGACGGCGGGCCGAAACCGCCGAUGGAGUUCGAAUUCCACCACCACAAGGACCAAAAAGACGUUUUCACGCUCGUCAGCGCCUCCGUCGAGGAUGUUUCCGCCCUGCUGGACGAUUCCUUGAUUGUGAUCUCCACGAUCGGAUCGAGCCGCUGCUGCCAUGGCAUUCUCCGCACGCAAGUCGAUCGUUGGGAGGCGCGAUUGAAGUAUAUGCAGGCGACGCUCGAUAAAUGGGUCGAGUUUCAGCGAAAUUGGGUCUACCUGGAGAACAUCUUCUCCUCCUCGGAGAUCCGAAGCCAGUGGAAGGACGACGCCAAGCGAUUCGAAAAGGCGGAUCACUUUUUUAAGGAUUUGAUGCGAAAGGCACACGAUUUGCCCACCGCGUACCGCGGGCUUUUGAUCAACCCGCCCUCGUUCGAUCCGGGGGAUCCGGCGCCGACGAGUCGGAUUCUUCAGCAUGAGUUGGAGGUCAACAUCACCGAGCUCGAGCGGGUGUUGUCCAGUUUGGAGCGAAAAUUAGAGGAAAAGCGCCGCGCCUUCCCACGGCUGUACUUUCUCAGCAAUGAUGAUCUUCUGGACGUGCUCGCCAAGGUGCGGACCCCGGAGUUGGUGAUGCCGCACAUGCUCAAGAUCUUUGACGGGAUCAAAACGCUCGUUUUCGGCGAAAGCAGCACCAUCACCCAUUUGGUCUCCAUGGAGGAGGAGAAAGUGGAGCUGACGAAUCAAAGCAUCAAGGCCCGCGGCCCGGUCGAGAGCUGGAUGGAUAUGCUCGAGCAUGAAAUGUUUUCGACUUUACGACGCCACGCCCAGGCCUGUUUGGAGGAUUUCGAGUCCUCGGGGGAUCGCCAUGCGUGGAUGUUUCGCCACCCCGUCCAGCUCGUGUUGAUUAUGGAGCAGCUGCUUUGGACUCGCAGCGUGGAGGAGGCCCUGGACAAAGGGAACACCCCGGAGCAGAUGGAAAAGCUCAAAUUGCAGAAUUAUCGCGCCCUGGAGGAGCUCGCCGAGCUAACCACCUCGCCGAUUUCCAAACUCCAGCGCAUUUUACUCUCGACGAUGAUUACGAUCGACGUUCAUGGGCGCGAUUUGGUCGAUGAUAUGUGUUUUAAUCAGGUCCACGACUCAUCGGAGUUCGGCUGGACGAAGCAGCUGCGGGUGUAUUGGGAGCCCGACGAGGACGGCCGCGGGAAUAUUUUUAUCCGCCAAAACAAUUCGCGCUUUGUCUACGGCUAUGAAUAUCUCGGGGCGCAGGGUCGUUUGGUGAUUACCCCUCUCACCGAUCGUAUUUAUAUGACCAUUACGGGGGCUCUAAAGCUCUACCUCGGGACCUCCCCGCAGGGUCCCGCGGGGACGGGCAAGACCGAAACGGUUAAGGAUCUUUCCAAAAACCUCGCGCGGCAGUGUAUUGUCUAUAACUGCUCCGAUGGCGUGACCUACAAGAUGAUGGAGAAAUUCUUCUCGGGCCUGAUCCAGACCGGCGCGUGGGCCUGCUUGGAUGAGUUUAAUCGGAUCAACAUUGAGGUGCUGUCAGUGAUUGCCUCGCAGCUACUGGAGAUCAAACUCGCGAUUCAGAACGGGCAGGAGAGUUUUACCUUCCAAGGGACCCCGAAUAUUCGCGUUCGGGCGACCUAUGGCGCCUUCGCCACGAUGAAUCCCGGCUACGCCGGGCGAACGGAGCUGCCGGAUAAUCUCAAAAUCCUUUUUCGCCCGGUCGCCGUCAUGACGCCCGAUUUUCGCAUGAUUGCGGAGGUGAUUUUGUACUCCGAAGGCUUCAAGGACGCCAAGGACCUCUCGCUGAAGAUCACGCAGCUCUACAAACUCAGCUCGGAGAAGUUGUCGAUGCAGGAUCAUUACGACUUCGGCAUGCGCGCGAUUAAGUCGAUUUUGGUGAUGGCGGGUGAUCUUAAGCGCUCGCAGCCGGAGGUCCCGGAGGACUGGACUCUCAUCGUCGCCUGCAAUGACUCCAACGUCCCAAAGUUCGUCGCGGAGGAUCUGCCGUUGUUUAAAGGGAUCAUGCAAGACCUCUUCCCCGGCGUUUCCUUCCCUGAGCGGGAAUACCACGAGCUCCUGCCCGCCAUGCGCGCGGCGAUGGAGGGGAAAAAGCUGCUCGAUGCCGGGGCCUGGCUGGGGAAGGCGAUUCAAUUCUACGAGACCCUUAUUGUUCGCCAUGGGGUGAUGUUGGUCGGAGGGACGGGGACGGGAAAGACCGCGAUUUGUCAAUCCCUCGCAGAGGCGCUGACCAAAAUGGGGGAGGCGGAAAGCACCAAUCCCAUGGCGCGCCCGGUCCACCAAUUCGUGAUCAACCCCAAGGCGAUUCAACUUCACGAGUUGUACGGCCAACUCGACGUCAACACCAACGAGUGGAUGGACGGCGUGCUCGCGACGAUCAUGAAGGAAUGCGUGCGAGACUCCGAAGGGAAUAAAGACCACCGGUGGAUUAUUUUGGAUGGCCCGGUCGACACGCUCUGGAUUGAGUCCCUCAACUCGGUCUUGGACGACUCGAAGCUGCUUUGUUUGGAUAACGGCGAGCGGGUGAAAUUGCCGGAUACCAUUCACAUGCUUUUCGAGGUGGAUAAUCUCGCCGUGGCGUCCCCGGCGACCGUCUCGCGGUGUGGAAUGGUUUACAUCAACGCCGGGGAUUUACCCUGGAAUGCGGUAGUCCAUCAGUGGAGCGAAACGGCGCUCGUGGCGGCCGGGGUUGGCCCGCUCUGCCGGAAGUACAUUCUUUCCCUCUUCGACACCUUUGUGGAUCGGGGGCUAAAAUGGCUUCAGGAGCGGGCCGUACUCAUCAGCGCGUGCGAGAUCAAUAUCGUGCAGUCGAUGUGUGAUCUUUUCACCGCGAUGAUGAAGGCCCAUGGGGUGGUGUUGGCGCCGGAUCCGGAGAACUGGUCGACGCUCGAGCCCGAUGAUGAGAUCUUUCACGUUCGCAACGAGACUUGCCAUCUGCUUUUUGCCUUUUCCUAUGUCUGGUCGGUUGCCGGGAAUGUCGACCAAGAUGCGAUGGAUCACUUCGACAACGUCGUGCGUGGGUGGUUCGAGAAGCUUGUGCAUUUCCCCAACCAUGGCAGCGUUUUCGACCUGACGAUCGACUUUGCGGGGCGGAUGUUUCUGCCGUGGGCGAGCACGAUGCCGGACUACGUGUACGACCCCACCACCCCCUUUUUCAACAUCCUCGUCCCGACGGUGGACACGGUGCGCUACGGCGCCCUCACCGCGAUGCUCCUCGACGCCGGCAAGCCGCUUCUCCUGAGCGGCCACUCCGGCGUCGGCAAGACGGUGAUUUUGACGAGCUGCCUGGAGGCGCAGAAGGAGGCUUUGCAGCUGUCGUUGGUGGUCUUCCAGUUCAGCGCGCGGACCUCCGCCGCGCGGACGCAGGAGAUGCUCGAGAGCAAACUCAAGGCGAAGCGCAAGCACCUUCUGGUCCCCCCCCCGGGGCGCCGUGUGGCGCUUUUUAUCGACGACCUCAACAUGCCCGCCCCGGAGGGCUUCGGCGCCUCGCCGCCGAUCGAGCUGCUCCGCCAGUUGAUGGGCCGGGGGGGGCUCUACGACCGCCGCGCCGCCGGCCUGUGGAAGGACGUGCGGGGGGUGACCGUCGUGGCGGCCUGUGGGCCCCCGGAGGGCGGGCGCCACCCCCUCACCCCCCGGCUCGCCCGGCUUUUUCAUCUUUUGCGGGUGCCGGACCUGUCCGAGGUCGCGAUGCGGCGGAUCUUCGGGGCCGUCCUCGGGGGCUUCCUCGACGCGCGGGGCUUCGCGAAGGAGGUGCGGCACCUCGCCCGGGGGCUUGUGCAGACCAGCGUGGAGGUUUUUAACGGGCUGCGGGGCGGCCUCCGGCCCCGCCCGGCGACCCCCCACUACACCUUCAAUUUGCGCGACCUCGCGAAGGUUUUUCAGGGGAUGAUGCAGGUCGCCCCGCGGGCCUGCAAGGACGCCAAGACCGCCGUCCGGCUGUGGGUGCACGAGUGCCGGCGCUGCUUCUCCGACCGCCUCGCGACCGCCGAGGAUCGGCGGUUUUUCUGGGAGGACCUCAUGAGUGACGCGAUCGCCCAUUUGAUCCCCGGAUCGAACUUGCUGGAGGAAAUCGUGGCCAAUCCACCGAUGGUUUGGGCAGAUUUUAUGCGAUUCGGCUCCGCCGAGCGCGUUUACGAGGAGGUCGCCGAUUUUAAGCGUCUCCCGCACGUUUUGGGAGACUACCAAGAGGAGUACAAUUCCAUUCUCAAUUUGGUCGAUGCCAAGGGCCGGGACGCCAGCAAUACCGACGUCCCGGCAUCCCAGCUCAAUCUCGUCUUCUUCAAAGAUCAUUGCGAGCACUUGGCGCGGCUGAUUCGCAUUCUUCGACAGCCACGUGGGCACGCGCUCGUGGUGGGGGUGGGGGGGUCGGGCAAGCGCUCCCUUUCCCGCCUCGCGGCUUACGUGGCCGACUGCCGCGUCUUCGAGGUCGCAGUCGGGAAGGGCUUUUCCAUCGCCGACUUCCACGAGUUUUUGUUGGAAGUCUACACCUACGCCGGCGUCAAAUGCCGACCUUGCGUGAUUUUGUUAUCCGACAACCAAUUAGUGCACGAUGUGAUGCUUGAGGAUAUCAGCAACAUCCUCAACUCCGGUGAGGUCCCAUCCCUCUUCAGCACCGAAGAACGGGAGAAGAAAAUUAAUUCGUGCCUCGAAGAGGCCCGAAAGGUCGGUAUUUCAAACCGAGAGGACGUCUACAACUUCUUCAUCUCCCGAGUUCGGGAUAAUCUUCACGUGGCGCUUUGUAUGAGCCCGGUCGGGGACGCCUUCCGGGCCCACUGCCGCCAGUUCCCGUCCUUGACAAACUGCUGCUCAAUUGAUUGGCUGGACGAAUGGCCGACCGAAGCCCUAAACGGGGUCUCGGAGAAUUUGCUCAAAGAUCUCGACGGAUUAAUGCCGGCGGAUUUCUUCGCCAAACUCCCGGUGAUGUGCGUGGAUGUCCACGCGUGUGUGGUGGAGCAGGCGAACACAUAUUGGGAGGAGGUGCGGCGCCGCUACUACGUCACGCCGACAUCCUACCUGGAGUUUAUUGAGAUGUACAAGGUGAUGUUUCUGGAGCAGCGCAAGACGAUUCAGGAGCAGCUCGAUCGCAUCAAAAACGGGAAGCUGAAGAUGAACGAGACGGACGAGAUGAUCAGCAAAAUGCGGAAUGAGAUCGAGGUCAAGCGGCCGUUGUUGGAGCAGGCCUCGAAGGAAACCCAAACCGUGGUGGCCGAUCUUAAGGUCCGCCAAACCAAGGUGGGCGAGAUGCAGGUCCAGGUCCGGGCCCAGCAAGCCAGCGCGGCCGAACAGCAAAGCGAAGCCUCGCGUAUUGCCUCCGAGGCGAAUAGUCGUCUGGCAGAGGCAAAACCGAUUAUUACGCGUGCAAAGGCAGCCCUCGAUACGAUUCAGGCCAGCGAUUUAAAUGAGCUGCGCUCGUUUGCCAACCCACCGUCGGCGGUCCUCAAAACCGCCCAGGCGUGUAUGAGCAUGUUUGAGUUCAAGGACUUUAGCAAUUCGUGGUCGGGUGGGAUGGACUGGAAGGGGGCUCGUGAGUUUUUAUCUUAUCGUCCUUUGCUGGAUAUGAUUCGAAACUACCCCACCGAAAACGUCAAGCCAGCCAUCCUCCAGAAGAUCCAAAAAUACAUCAACGACGACGAGUUCACGGUGGAGAUUUGUUCCCAAAGGGGGUCGCAGACGUGUGGGAGCCUCUGCGCGUGGGUGCACGCGGUCAACGAGUACUCUAAAAUUGUUAAGGAGGUGGCGCCGAUGCGCCAGGCCGCCGCGGAGGCCGAACAACACCUGGCGGAAACGACAUCCAAACUCCAAUCCACCCAACAGCUCCUGCGUGAUGUUGAGAGGGAGCUUGCAGAGCUCGAGGAGAACUACCAACAAAGCCUGAAGCGAAAGAACGACUUGGAGACGGGCUUGCGGGUGUGUAUUCGGCGACUUGAAAACGCGGAGAUGCUGUCGAAUUCGCUGAAGAGUGAGGGCGCUCGAUGGUCUGAGAAUAUCACGCAAUUCAGCGUAAAGUUGAAUGAAUUACCUCUGCAGAGCUUCAUCGCCAGCGCCUGCGCGGCCUACUUUGGCUCUUUCACCCCAGCCUUCCGCAAGAGACUACUCAAGGCGUGGUUUGAACGGCUCCAGGAGUGCAAUUUGGACCUCAACCCCAGCACUUCUUUAAUUCAGACCCUCGGCGACCCUGUCGACAUCCUCAGCUGGAGGGUCAAUGGGCUGCCGAUGGACGAUACGUCAGCUGAAAAUGCCAUCAUCGCGAUGCUUUCGCACGCGCCUCAUCGGUGGCCGCUGUUUAUUGAUCCACAGGAGCAGGGCAUCAAGUGGCUUACGCACCAGUUUAGCUACCAGCAAUCAACCAUUGUCAACCGUCAGAGCAGUUUUUCGCGCGAUUCCAAACAUGGUCAUAUGUCGAUGUUAAAGAUAAUUCGUAUGACCGAUCCGACGUGGAUGCGAACCCUCGAGAUGCAGAUUCGCCUUGGUGGCGUUGUGAUUAUCGAUAAUGUUGGCGAAACACUAGACCUCGCGCUCGAUAAUCUGAUUGCGCGCCGUGUCAUCAUGCGAGAGGGUGGGAUGCCGCAAAUUCAGCUCACAACGCAGUCUGGCCCUAUCGACUUUCAUCCAAACUUUAGGCUUUUCAUGUGUACAAAGUUGGCUAAUCCACACUACCUGCCGGAUAUCAGUACACGGGUCGCGUUGAUUAACUUCACGGUCACGCGAGAGGGGCUCGAGGAGCAGCUUCUCGGUGAGGUUGUCUCCAUUGAGAAACGUGAGCUUGAACGGGAGAAGAAUCGGAUGAUCGAGAAUAUUUCGCAAGGAGAGCGAAAGCUUCAGGCGAUUGAAAAAACCAUCCUUGAGCGGUUGAAUUCGACAAAAGGUAACAUUCUGGACGACUCAGAGCUGAUCGCUGAACUGAAAGCCGCCCAAUCGAAUGCCGAGGUUGUCAGCGCUCAACAAAUUGAAGCAAACCAUAAAAUGGAAAUCAUAUCCGUUUCCCGUGAGAAGUACCGCAGCGUGGCGGUGCGCGCGUCGGUCCUAUUCUUUGUGAUCGCUGAUAUUGCCAGUAUAGACCCCAUGUAUCAGUACUCUUUACAAUUUUUUGUGAACUUAGCGCGUCAUGAGAUCGAAAAUACCGAUAAGCCACAGAACUACCAGGAGGAAAGCGAUGACAUGCUUCAGGGCCAUCUUAUAAAUGUGAUUGAGCGAUUGACGGAAACCACUUAUAAUCAGGUCUGUCGUGGUCUGUUCAACCGGGACAAAAUUAUUCUCUCGGUACUCAUCGUCACGUCGAUUGCGCGCCAGAAGGGCGAUAUCACGGAAGCCGAAUGGCAGUACUUUGUGCGCUCUACGGCGCUAAUCCCAUCCAACUUGCCCACUCUGCCUUCCGAACUGAAGUGGAUGACCCGACAGCAGUGGGAACUCAUCCAGGCCCUCAGCCUCAGCGUCCCUGCUUACAAGGAGCUGUGCGAAAGCCUUUCGCACGAUCCGACGGAGUGGAAGAAUUAUGCAAUGCACGAUGAGAUACAAACCGCGGUCGUGCCGUGUGGGUGGGUGGAUCGUCUGACGGCUUUCCAAAGGAUCCUUCUCGUGCGAACUUUCCGAGAGGAAAAGCUUUACCUUGCGCUUUACAACUACAUUAGCACGUCCAUGGGCGCGUCGUAUGUGGAGACGCCGCCGUUUGACUUGGCGACGGUUCUGCAGGAUAGCACCCCGGCGACGCCGAUAAUAUUUGUCUUAUCUCAAGGCGCGGAUCCUAUGGGUGCGCUGCAGGCCUGCGUGAAGUCUGAAGGGCGGGAGCUGCAGUACAUCUCCCUCGGCCAAGGCCAGAGUGAGAACGCCAAGAAGCUUAUCGCAAACUGCCGAACGAAUGGAUCCUGGGCACUCCUUCAGAACUGUCAUUUAUCCAAGAGUUUUAUGCCCGAACUGGAGAGCGAGGUUGCAAAACUUCAGGGUGGACUAUCCGACACCCACCCUGACUUCCGCCUCUGGCUCACCUCCAUGCCAACGGACUUUUUCCCCGUGUUUGUGCUUCAGAGUAGCAUUAAACUCACUAAUGAACCACCAACAGGGCUACGUGCAAAUAUGAUUCGCGCCGUUGGGAAUCUUACACCCAAAGACUACGCCCCUUUUAAUGAUCAGGAGAAGAUCAGUGGCUACUUCAAAAAUGAGGCACUCAAGAAGCUUUUGUAUGGACUUUGCUUUUUGCACUCCUUUGUCCUGGAGCGCCGGAAGUUUGGUCCACUAGGAUGGAACGUCGUGUACGAAUGGAACGAAACCGACCUUGACGUCUCCAAGCAGUGGCUACGGCUCUUCUUCGAAGAGCAGAAUGUGAUCCCGUGGGAUCCGAUAGAGUACAUCAUCGGCGAGAUCAACUAUGGUGGCCGGGUCACCGACCCCCAAGACCGCGGCCUGCUGCAGACGAUUCUGCGGCGAUGUAUCGGUCCUGGCCUGCUCCGGGACGAUUACGCCUUUAGCGAGAGCGCCAAGUACGUCGCGCCGAAGGCGGGCAGCACCUUCGAGGACCUCAAAGCCCAUAUUCAGCAUCUGCCCCUCGUGGACGAGCCCGAGGCCUUUGGCCUGCACGAGAACGCCAGUCUGCGGCACCAACUCCAGACCUCGCAGUACCUCCUGCAGACCAUCGUGUCCAUCCAGCCCCGACAGGUCGGGGGAGGCGGAGGGGCGGCCGGGGACGGCCUGGCGAGCCCCGAGGAGGAGGUUCGGCAUAAGUGCCAGGAGCUCGCGGCGGGGCUGCCGAAGAACCUUCUGCGGGAGGAGGCCGGCCCCACCACCUUCGUCACCCUCGAGGACGGGCUGCCGAAUUCCAUGUCUACCGUCUUGGCCCACGAGGUCGGGAUGUACAACAGGCUCCUUGACCGCAUGCGGCAGACGCUGUCCGACAUGGAGAAGGCCCUGAACGGGCUUACGGUGCUCUCGGUCGAUCUGGACGCGAUGUACACGUCGCUCCUGAACGAUCAGGUGCCCCAGCUCUGGAGCGCGAUUGCCUACUCCUCACUGAAGCCUUUGGGGGCAUGGUAUCGCGACUUUUUACAGAGGAUUAAUUUCAUCCGAACGUGGGUCCGCCGGGGAGAGCCCAAGGCGUUUUGGAUCGGUGGAUUUUUUAACUCGAGCGCUUUCAUAACUGGAAUUAGUCAGGCUUUUGCGCGUGCCGAGAAGGUUUCCGUUGAUAAGCUCGGAUUCCGGUUUAAUGUUGUUAACAUCGAUGUGGACCAGAUGGAGGAGGGACCUCAGCGAGGAUGCUACGUCUAUGGUCUUUAUGCUGAUGCGUGGCGGUGGAAUUGUGUGGAUGAGGUGAUGUCAGACUCCCUGCCUGGAGAACUGUACGAUACUCUCCCUGUUAUUCACUUCCUUCCCGAACCAUAUCACAACAAACCUGAUGAUUACCAUGCAGUCUCCUUGUAUCGUACUACAGUACGGGCAGGAGUAAUGUCGUCUCUUGGAGCUAGUUCCAAUUAUGUGUUGUCAAUAGAAUUUCCUUCAAAUAAGUCUUCUGACUACUGGCUUCUAAAGGGCGCUGCAUGUGUGUGCGCGCUUAACAAUUAA